AAACGAAACAGAAGCGGAACUGACGAAAGGAUUCAAGAUGAGAAAUUUCUUUCUUGGAAAGACAAAAGAAUUGCUAUUUUAAAUAAAUACACAACCACGGAAAAAUUAUCUAUUGCUACUGUAUUUAAAGGAAAUCAAGCCGUCACUACGGUUGAAGGAAAGGUCAAGCAACGAUUAGAAGAACUAAACAAUUUAAAUGAGGACUCAGCAAAAGAAUUAUUAAAUCUGAACCAGAAUGAAUUUAUCCAACACAUCGAUAAUAUGAAUCAGGCAUUAAUUAACGCAUGGGAAGCUGAUCAAAGAGUUAAGACUUUAAAAAUUGCUAUUCAAUGUGCGAAAUUACUCAACGACGUUUCGGUUAUACAAUUUUAUCCUAGCAAAUUUGUGCUAGUAACUGACGUAUUGGAUACGUUUGGUUUUCUAGUUUACGAUCGGCUUCGACGCAAUUGUUCGAAUCUGUCUCUUACAGAAAAUUUCUCACCCAAUGACGUACCUGACCAAGCUAAAGAAACUUGCAGAAAUUGGUUUUAUAAAGUUGCUUCAAUUCGUGAAUUAAUUCCAAGAUUUUAUUUAGAAUGUGCCAUACUCCGCUGCUACAAAUAUAUAUCAUUAGAUGAGCACAAAAGGGUAUUGAUUAGGCUCGCACGUACGAUAGCAGGAAUUGGUGACCCUUUGGUUGCUGCUUACGCUAGAGCGUACCUAUGUCGAGUAGGGAUUCUUGUUACUCCUUCCUUACGAGAUUAUUGCAAUUUAUGCCUAACAGAUUUUUUUAAAACAUAUUCUCAGUUAUCAUCUGAUGCCGUUCAAAAUACACUUGCAAGUCAAGGCAUAGGGUUAGUCCAGUAUUUCGACCUCUACUCACCUGCGGUUGAAUGGGUUCUAAAAUGUUGUCAGCACGAUGCUACAGACAAUCUACUAAUUAUUUCUAUUAUCAAUCCCAGUGCACUGGUCUUAAAUAGCAUGCUAGUCACACUGAAGGCGGAAUUUGUCUCUAAACGUGCUCAAGAAUUUGUCGAACUAAUCAAAGGCUGUGUUGAGUCUGGCUUUUCAAAACAUAAUUUAUUUGCCAAUUUUGGCAUGUCCUUGAUUGAGUAUCCACCUAUGGAAGACCAGAAAUUACCUGUUCUCUCAGAAGUUUGGAAAAUUGUUAUGAAAUACAAGGAUCCUGCGGACUAUAUGGCCUGCGCUUCUGUUUGGAUUGAAUAUCCUGCGAAAUACUUUUCGGUUCGUGAAGUGAACAAGUUAUUAGAUGACAUUAUUAAGCAUUUACAGCCAGACAGGGCGUUUGAACAUUUUUAUCCUCAGUUGCACUCAAUCGUAAUAAGAAUGCUAGAUCAUUUACAUGACUUCAACGCCAUCUUUUCAAUGGAUAAAUUUUUACCUUUCCUCGAUAUGUUUCAAAAAGAUUCUACGAAGCUUGAAGUGUUUCGUAUUAUUAUUGAUUGUUUCAAUAAGUAUCAAGAAGAUGCAGUUAAUGAUCCUAUGGUCGUAAAUGGUUUAAUAUUUGUGUCUAAAUCGCUUCAUGAUUCUGUAAAUUCCUUAGCCUUAGAAGAUUCGAAAAGAGAAAUAAGUAACCUUAUCACAGCAUUCAUACAGAAGGUUGAUUUUGGCCGAGAUUUUGAGCAACAGUUAAAUUUCUAUGUCGACGCACGCUCUUUCUUUACAGCGCUGGAUGCAGUUGUAAUACAGCUUGUGCAGUGUUUUAAUAGCUUAGCAAUGAACACCUUGGAGGUUGUCAAAGGCUCGCAUACCCAUAAAACCUCAUCCUUUGUUCGAGCAUGCAUUGCUAACUGUUUUAUCACUAUACCUUCGAUAACUAAUAUAUUUGACCGUCUCCAACUAUAUUUGUUGUCGGCAGAAGUAGCCGUAAUCAAUCAGGCAUAUCCACAAGCUGAUGAUAUUUUAAAAGCCACCAUACAGCAACUUUUACAAAUUCCUCGAACGAUGGAAAUUGAUAAUCGGAUUCGAUCUACUGAACCCAAAGUUUUGGACUACCUAAGCCAAUUGUUAGGAUUCCUCCAAUAUGUUCCGGAUAAUCCAGAUCAAGGAGCUUUGUAUCUACUCAAGGGCCUCCUAAAUGUCUUGCAAAAAUACCAUUGGGACAGUGAUCUAGGAAAAAUUAAAAUGUAUAUUAAAACAAUUGGACUACUAUCCGCAAUGUGCCAGGAUGGUUACUUGUAUCAAUUAAAAAAUGUCGAUUCCAAUGACAAAUUAUAUGGACAAGAUAAGAAAUUUAUUGCAGAAGUUUUACAAAUAAUUGAUACACUGCAUGAGGAAAUUCGCCAAUAUAUGCAAUCAAUUUCUUCUAAAGAGGUACGUAUAAUUAGAUCUGUCUAUUUUCUGUUUAACAGUAUAAUAUCCCACGCCGAUUUAAGUGAUCAGCAAAUGAUGAGUUUUGCCAUUAAAUUAUGGAACAUUGUUAAGAAACAAGGUUGCGUAGAUGCCAAAGUGAUCGUAAGUAUGAAGUAG